AGUGCUUUCUAUGAUUUCAUUGAUUGCUAUGCUUCUAGUAAUGUUGAAUAUAAAAAUAUUGUUAAAAAUGUUAAGAUUAAUAUAAUACACAAGAAUCCUUAUUUUUCUGAAUGUAUUGGAGAUUGGGCUUUAUAUUAUCUUAUACGUCACAAGAUCAACAUUAUCCCAUCUAUAAUAGUUCCAACGCAAAGAUACAAAAUCAUAAAUACUUAUUCAGCUAAUAACAAGAGACUUGAACAAAAUAAAAAUCUGAUGCCUAACUCAGAAUACCAAGAAUACAAUUCUGAUGAUCAAACAAAUUCAUCUGUUAUUGAAUCAGAGGCUGUAUCUAAUAUUAAUAUUAUAAAGAAAAAAAUAAAUAAAACAAAGGAUAUUAAAUCGCAAGUUAAACCAGUAUCUAUUAAAAGAAUUGAAUACACUUCUCUUGAUGAAGUUGAUUCUAUUACAGAAAUAAACAAAACAAAAAAUAUUAAAUCGCAAGUUGAAUCAGCAUCCGCUAAAAGAGUAAAGAGAAUGUCA